CUGCCGUGUUGACGGUGUGGGUCGAGAGAGCGUGACUUCUCGCGAGAACAGAGCGUUGUUAUUGCUUUGAGGCAACAUAGCGAGCACUCGGCCGGAGCUCUGCGCACAUCCGCAGUGUCGCUGAACCCGUUGGACUGCGAUGGACGCAUCCGCAGCCCCAGACGAGGCGGACAGGCCGCGGCACCACCCUUUCCUGAUCGGGGUCAGCGGAGGGACCGCCAGCGGCAAGUCAACAGUUUGCGCCAAAAUCAUGGAGCUUCUGGGCCAAAACAAGGUGGACCACCGGCAGAGGAAGGUGGCGAUUGUCAGCCAGGACAGCUUCUACCGAGUCCUGACCCCGGAGCAAAAGGCCAAGGCGCUGAAGGGCCAGUACAACUUUGAUCACCCAGAGGCAUUUGACACAGAGUUAAUGUACAAAACUUUGAAAGACAUCGUGGAGGCGAAGGUGGUCGAAGUUCCAACAUAUGACUUUGUCAGUCAUUCCAGGUUGGAAGACAGAAUCACAGUUUACCCUGCGGACGUGGUCCUUUUCGAGGGGAUCCUGGUUUUCUACCCCCAGAAAGUGCGUGAUAUGUUCCACAUGAAGCUCUUUGUGGACACGGACUCUGACGUCCGGCUGUCUCGCAGAGUUCUGCGGGACAUGACCAGAGGGAGAGACCUGGAGCAGAUUCUCACGCAGUACACGACGUUUGUCAAGCCUGCUUUUGAAGAGUUUUGUUUGCCCACGAAGAAGUAUGUCGAUGUCAUAAUUCCAAGGGGAGUUGACAAUAUGGUGGCCAUCAACCUCAUCGUGCAGCACAUCCAAGACAUACUGAAUGGGGACAUGUGCAAAUGGCGUGCGUCCAUCUACGGCCACGGGCGACCGUUCAAACGGGCCUUUUCCGAGCCGGGCGACUCGCAGAACCCUUCAGGAAAGAGGAUCCUGCUGGAGCCCAGUUGUCGGCCUCAUUGAGACUGUCGAUGCACGGCCGGACGGACGAGUCCAGACUGAAUAUACGAGCUGGGCGUUGGGUUAUUUACGUUGGAACGGGUCGGUAACUGAUGCCAGAGGGGUUAUUAUUUUCUUUUCCUGUUGAGUACCCACAAUCCCACUGUGCGAACAUUCAGCGCUGCAAACUCUUCGUUAGUGGCGAAACGGACCUUAAAACUUGGGGGUUCGGACGCUAUCGGCACAAAAAGAAAAAAGGCAAUUUAGUACCUUUUCAAGAAUUUUUCUUGCCGCCGAUGAUUUCUGAUCCAUAUGGUUUUAAAUCUCAGCAGCUGGUCUGCAAGGCUCCAAACGACCUUUUUGACAGUCCAAAAAUUCCCCUUAAAAAAAAAGGUUACUUUUACACGAUCACCCAUUAACAUGGUGUUUUACUCUCCCUUAAAUACAAAUUACGAUUACAAGUUUUUUUUUUUUGUGGAUUAAAAUAAAUAUUGUCAUUAGAUUUAAUUAUAAAAUCCUUGUUGUCAACUUGUCCGAAUUUAUAUCUAAUACAAUUUUAUGAUGUGGUCAAAACCUCCUUCAUACAACUGGAUUUGAGUUUCUUACCAGAAUUACAUUAAUGAGAUUUUAUAAAUAUACAUAUAUAUAUAUAAUUAUAUUUACCUUCGGCUGGUACUCAGUCAAAAUGAAAUGAAACUAAAACACAUUGGUUUACAAUGAAAGAUUGUCGCCCCAAAACACGUGAAUGCUGUUACAUAUUUGACAGAUUAAGCUGUUGAGUGAAUUUCACAUUGCGUUGGUCAACUAAUUAAUCCAUGUGUGCCGAAUCGCAGGGGGGGGGGGGGUUCUGUACCACUCACCUGCUGUCCAUUGCACCAAUACUCUUCAUGAUUUCAGUGUAUUUAUUGGUGCAUUACCGAUUUCAGCUUGUCACAUGUAAGUCUUCCAAGAUGGCGUUUGACGCUUUAAAUGGUCACAUGAGCUGUACAGAGAGGAUAUCGAAGGCAGGGAGCGUUCUUUAACUGCUUGAUCUGUUAUGCUUUUGCACUUUAUCCUCAUGUAUACAUGCUUGUUUCCUUUAAUAGGAAUUGCAUACACCUUUUAUCUUUGCUGCUUUGUUUUAACUUAUUUAAAUGUAAAGUUAGGCCCGGUGGCUUUGUGGUGUCACACUUGUUGAUUAGUGCUUCCUUUUAGGUGUUCAUUUCCCACGGACAACUCCGUUCAACAAUAAAUGGAAAAGUGUGAAGUC